AUGGCCUCCGCUGGAAACGAGCGCUUCAACGAUGAAGCCGCCAACUGGGAUAAGAAUCCAUCGGUCCAGAAGGCGACCCGCCUUGCAUUCGACAGCAUCAGACCCAUCAUCCAGACUCUUGCCGAGCGCAAACAAUCCACCUCAGAAGCCGGUCUCGAUGUUCUUGAAGUAGGCUGCGGUACAGGCCUCCUCACUCUCCGCGUCGCACCGCUAGUCCGUGAAAUCGUAGCCAUCGAUCCAGCACAAGGGAUGAUCCAGACCUUAGAGGCCAAGAUAGACACUUCCACAUGCCAGGAGACUGCCGCAGGGCCGCGGAACAGCCCGCACAACGUCGUCCCAAUUUGUCGUCUCCUCGACAACCCUGAGGAUCCCGUCCUUCCCGCUCUCGAUAGUAACUACCCAACGGGCCGACGGCGCAAGUUCGAUCUCAUCCUCUCGCACCUUGUCAUGCACCAUGUUCCCGAUCUCCGGGCAUUCCUGGGAACAUUGCUCGGGUGUCUAGCACCCGGGGGUCGGGUUGCCUUGACGGACUUUGAAGACUUUGGGUCGGAGGCAAUCAAGUUUCAUCCGCCGAACAAGUUGGACGGUGUUGAAAGGCACGGGAUUCCGGCACGGUGGAUGGAGGACCUCAUGAAAGAAGUUGGGUUUCAGGAUGUCAAGGUGUCUGUAGGAUGGACGUUAGCAAAGUCAGUAGAGCUCUGGGAAGGGCAGAAACCUGGCGAUACCCUGGAUUUCCCGUUCUUGGUGUGUGAGGGUGCCAGGCCAGUCUGA